GACCUUCAUCUUCAGCGUCCGCACCUCCACCGGGUGCAGAUUCUGUUGCUUUUAAAGAUGUUUCUGAAGGCAGGGUAGAGCCGUGUCCCGCAGGAGUAAGAGUGGGGGAGAAGUGGGUACGGAGAUCCCGUCUCACACUCCGGGGCUGUGAAAGGGUUAAGGACUCCGUGCGUCGGUCGGAUCAGCGAGCGAGGGGGCUUUCCCGAGAGAGCGAAUCGCGCCGCUCCGUUCUCGAUGAGAUCAACCUGCGCCGAGGGGGUUAAUGGUUUCCGAGGCUGGCGUGCGGUUUGCAAUCUCGAUCUCCGGGUAACGCGGCUCUCCAGGUUCCAGUGCGCUGGGAUUCCUGGCUGUGGAUGCGGAGCGAGGAAGCCAUCAGUGGGAACGGCGUAGUUUGCAAGGACAGGCGGUGCGAGCGGCUAACCGGGACCCCCUCCCUGUUUAUGGAAGAGGCGGCGAGUCCCCCUCUCGCCGGGAGCCAUGCUGGGGAAGGACUACAUGCUCGCCAUCAUCAUUGUCAACUGCGAGGGUGCGUCGAGAUCCCUGGUGACUUGCAACACCAGGGACGCGGCACGGUUUGUGUCGGGUACCUUGCAAUGAAGUCCCCCUCGCCCUCCGGUCUCCUCCAAACCCAGCGCCGUUUGCAAUCAAUCCAGCCCCAGAAGGGGAGACAACUUGUGGAAUGACCAGUCCCUGGAGAUGGACCAUGACCUGCCUCCGGGCUGGAGAACCAUCCGAGACUCCAGUGGGACCUACUAUUGGCACGUGCCAACGGGCACCACCCAGUGGCAGCACCCAGCCUGUGGCUCGGAUGUUGGCCUGGCCUCUGGCAAGCUUCCGCCCGUGGUGCUGCCUGCCCUGGGGAACGAGGCUGCUGAUCUGGGUCCUGUCGCUGCUCAUCGCACGACCAGAGGUGGGAAGUUCGAGAGCAACAUGCCAGAAUCUUCUUCACUCGAUCUCAGGGAUGAGGUAGCUUGGCAAGACGGCAGCUUUGAUCUCCAGAGGAACUCAGAGUCAAAGUGCUUCGCCGUGCGGUCUCUGGGCUGGGUGGAGAUUCCAGAGGAGGACCUGACUCCGGGAAAGAGCAGCAUCGCGGUGAACAACUGCAUCCAACAGCUGUCCUACAGCAAGUCUGAGGAAAGGCAAACAGGAUCGUCCUGGGGAGAGGGUCAGGACAUGGUGCUGGUCCUGAGGAAGGACACGCUCAGCUUGGUGGAUCCCAUCGACCACAGUCUGAUCCAUUCCCAACCCAUCAUCAACAUCCGUGUGUGGGGUGUUGGUUGUAACCACGGCAGAGACUUCGCCUACGUGGCCAGCGACAAGGACACCUGCAUGCAGAAGUGCCACGUCUUCCACUGCGACACGCCAGCCAAGGCCAUUGCCUCGGCCCUACACCAGCUGUGCUCCCAGAUCAUGGCAAAACACACGAUGAACGAUGACUUCGCAAAGGUCCCGGGAGCGGAGAAGGACUUGUGUCAGGACGACCUGCCUCUAAAAGUGGAUCUGCUGGAGACUGUGAGGCAGUCGACACAGACAUUUCGGGUGCAGUAUGUUGGAUUCCUGCCUGUGGCCACCUCGAGAGGGAUGUCGCUGGUUAACGAGGUGAUCCAGAGUCUGUUAGAUUCCUCGGAUCGGGAAGCGUGGCCAUCCGUACAGCUGCGGGUCACUGACACCACGCUGUCCGUCUGUAAGGGAGAGGAGAGGGAAGAUCCGUGGUGGGAAUGCCGUGUCCGGUACCUGACCUUCCUGGGAGUGGGGAAGGACCCCCACACCUUCGGCCUCGUGGUGGAUACCAGUCAACAGUGCUUUGAGUGCCACGUCUUCUGGUGCGAGCCAGAUGCUGGUUAUGUCUCCGAGGCUGUUCAGGCUGCCUGCAUGCUGCAGUAUCAGAAGUGUCUGGUGGCUGCUGCCCCGCUGGCUGGCCCAAGGGGAGCCCUUGGGGCAGACAGCACCACCGCGGGCCUGAAGAAAAACGCCGCCCCGCCACUGCCGCUCGGCAUCACAGAACCAGAGGCCGGAGCCUUGGUCCCCACCCCCAAGCUGUCAGCAGCCUCAAACCUGAAGCGGGGCUUGCUGGCGCUGAUCGACACGCUCCGGCAGAAGCCGUCCGUGCUGCAGAUGCCGUAGAGUCUGGGGGGAGGUGAGGGAACGGUAGAGGGAGGGAGCACCAGGGGAAGGGAGCUCGAAGCUGAAGGUUUGCGGGGAUAGAGAAUAUCAGUGGCAUAGUUGGAGAGGCUCCCUCGCAGCUUCCAAGACCCUGGUUCGAUCCUGACCACCGCACCGUCUGUCUGUCCGUGGAGUUUGCACGUUCUCCCUGUGACCAUGUAGGUUUUCUCCCCGGAUGCUCCAGUUUCCUCCGAACAUAGAACAGUACAGGCCCUUCAGCCUGCAAUGUUGUGCCAGCCCUUUAACCUUCUCUACGAUCAAUCUAACCCUUCCCCUCACAUACCCCUCCACUUUUCUUUCAUCCAUGUGCCUCUCUAAGUCUCUUAAAUGUCCCUAAUGUACCUGCCUCUGCCCCCACCCCUGGCAGGGUGUCCCACACACCCUCCACUCUGUGUAAAACACCUGCCUCUGACAUUCCUCUAUGCUUUCCCUCAAUCACCUUAAAAUAAUGCCCCCUUGUAUUAGCCAUUGCCAACCUGGGAAAAAGUCUCUGGCUGUCCACUCAAUCUAUGUCUUUUAUCAUGUACAUCUCUCUUAAGUCUUCCUUUGUUCCACAGAGAAAAGCCUAGCUCACUCAACCUGUCCUCAUUGGACAUACUCUCUAAUCCGGACAGCAUCCUGGUAAAUCUCCUCUGCACCCUCUCUAAUCCAGACAGCAUCCUGGUAAAUCUCCUCUGCACCCUCUCUAAUCCAGGCAGCAUCCUGGUAAAUCUCCUCUGCACCCUCUCUAAUCCAGGCAGCAUCCUGGUAAAUCUCCUCUGCACCCUCUCUAAUCCAGACAGCAUCCUGGUAAAUCUCCUCUGCACCCUCUCUAAUCCAGACAGCAUCCUGGUAAAUCUCCUCUGCACCCUCUCUAAUCCAGACAGCAUCCUGGUAAAUCUCCUCUGCACCCUCUCUAAUCCAGGCAGAGUCCUGGUAAAUCUCCUCUGCACCCUCUCUAAUCCAGGCAACAUCCUGGUAAAUCUCCUCUGCACCCUCUCUAAUCCAGGCAGCAUCCUGGUAAAUCCCCUCUGCACCCUUUCUACAGCUUCCACAUCCUUCCUAUAAUGAGGUGACCAGCACUGAACACAGUACUCCAGGUGUGGCCUAUCCAGGGUUUUAAUGGAGCUGUAAGAUUACCUUGUGGCUCUCAAACUCAACCCCCCAACUAAUGAAGGCCAAUGCACCAAAGCCUUCUUAACCACCUUAUCAACUUGUGUGACAAUUUUGAAAGAUCUAUGGAUGUGGACCCCAAGGUCCCUCUGUUCCUCCACACUGCUGAGAACCCUGCCGUUAACCCUGUACUCCGCCUUCAAGUUCGACCUUCCAAAGUGAAUCACUUCACUUUCCUGGAUGGAACUCCACCUGCCAUUUCUCAGCCCAGCUCUGCAUCCUGUCAAUGUCCCACGACAACCUUCUACACCACCAACCUCUGUGUCAUGAAGGGGAAUGAAAAAGUGCAUAACAACAGGGCAAGCUCCAACUCAUCCCUUCCCUGGGCAAAUCUUCCAUUCCUCCCCCUCCUACAAGCACUUGGGAGCUGCACGAAGAGCUUGUCUUUACUGCAAGUCCCCAGGUUGUUCUCCUUCCCCUCUGCAGUUCCCAUUUUUAAUGGUUUGUGUGCCAGCCCUUUGAAGGUGUCUGUAAUGUCGUUACAUUUAUGCUUUCUCUCUUGGCAGCGAUGUUUGAUCGGCCCACUCUUUAUUGAAUAAAUUUCUAAAAUAUG